AUGGAUGAAGAAGUACAAGAGAAAGGCGACUUGAAACACAGGAUAUGGGCUGAAUGGGAAAAGAUAUGGAUGGUUGCAUUACCUGCCGUUGUAUCAAAGCUUUUUGCAUUUGGAACCCUUGUUGUCACUCAGUCAUUCAUCGGACAUAUAAGUGAGGUAGAUCUUGCUGGAUACGCGCUUGUUCAAACGCUCACCGUUCGAUUUAUCAAUGGAAUACUUUUGGGAAUGUCGAGUGCAACUGAAACCCUUUGCGGACAAGCGUUUGGAGCCGGACAAAACCACAUGAUGGGGAUUUACUUGCAACGAUCAUGGAUCAUCGACUUGGUUACUUUGACCGUCUUGCUCCCGAUCUUCAUCUUUGGUACCCAAAUCUUCAAACUUGUUGGGGAGGAAGAAUCAAUAGCGAAGAGUGGCGGAUACAUAUCGUUAUGGUUCAUUCCUUUCGUUUACAGCUACGUCUUUGGCUUGGCUAUACAAAUGUACCUACAAGCACAACUAAAGAACAUGAUUAUCGCAUGGCUUUCAGCAUUUCAAUUCGCAAUCCAUAUACCAUUAUCAUGGUUUUUCGUGUAUAAACUGAACAUGGGGGUCGCGGGUGCGAUGAUUGCACUCUCGUCGUCUUCGUGGUUUCUUGUGAUCAGCGAAUUUGUUUACAUUUUUGGAGGAUGGUGUCCACAUUCAUGGAAAGGAUUCACAGUUGCAGCAUUUAAGGAUCUGCUGCCUGUUGUUAAGCUCUCAAUCUCUUCUGGUGUUAUGCUCUGCUUGGAGUUAUGGUACUAUGCUAUUCUAGUCUUGCUUGCUGGCUACAUGGCAGAUGCCAAGAUCGCGAUAUCCGCCUUCUCGAUCUGCCUGAACAUUUAUGCAUGGGAGUUCAUGAUAAGCCUUGGUUUCCUAGUUGCCGCAUGUGUUCGGGUGGCGAAUGAAUUGGGGAGAGGAAACGCGAAAGCAGUAAAGUUAUCGAUAAAAGUGUUGUUGGGGACUUCGAUGACGAUUGGAGUGUUCUUCUUUGUUCUUUGUUUGGUGUUGGGUAAAAAACUUGCAUACUUGUUUACGGAUGAUGAAAGAGUUGCAGAUACAAUAUCGGAUCUUUCUUUGUUUCUCUCUUUUUCGGUUUUGUUGAAUGGUAUCUAUCCGGUUCUCUCAGGGGUAGCAAUUGGAGCUGGCAUGCAGAGUGUUGUAGCAAUUGUUAACCUCGUUUGCUUUUAUGUGAUUGGUAUCCCGUUAGGAGCUUUGCUCGGAUUUUUGACGACCCUUGAAGUUAAGGGCAUAUGGGCCGGAAUGAUUUUUGGCGUUCUAACGCAAACAGUUACACUUGGUUACAUAAUGUGGAGAACAGACUGGGAUGAUCAAGUCAAGAAGGCUUCCGAACGUCUCGAAAGAUUUUACUUGCAUUCAAAUGAAAAUCCCGAGCGAAUUUCUAAUGACUCAUGA